AUGAGACCACCACUUCGAAUCGCCGUGCUUGAGUGCGAUGAGCCGUUGACGAAUACCAAAAAUAAGUACGGCGGUUACGGCGGUGUAUUCGAGGCUUUACUACGUGCAUCUGCGGCGACUCUAGACCCGAGUGAUGCGAUCGACACCGACUCGGGCUUGCAGAUCUCCAAGUGGGACAUUGUGAACAAGAGCGACUCAUAUCCCAAGCUAGAAGAUAUUGAUGCGGUACUGAUAUCAGGAGCAAGAUAUAAUUCGUAUGAUAGUACUCCCUGGAUAUUGAAGCUUGUCGACUUUACCAAACAGAUCCUUGCUCAAGAUCGCGUCCGCGUGAUUGGCGUCUGCUUUGGCCACCAAAUCCUUGGAAGGGCAUUAGGCGCUAAAGUCGGUCCAAACGAUGCUGGAUGGGAAGUCUCGGUCCAUGAUAUUAACCUCACAGAGGAAGGAAAGAAAAUACUCGGCUUGGAAAAAUUGCGUUUGCAGCAAAUGCACCGCGAUAUAGUCCAUAACUACCCGCCGGCAGUUAUUCCGCUUGGUUUCACGCCCCGAUGUGAAGUACAAGGGAUGUACUCACCUCGCCGAUUUAUAUCUGUUCAGGGUCACCCUGAAUUUACUGAAGAGAUUGUCAUAGAGCUUUUGCAUACUCGUAAAUAUAUGGGCGCCUUCCCACCCGGGAUCUAUGAGGAGGGAAUGGAGAAUGUCGCAAGGGAACAUGAUGGCAUCGCCGUGGGGAAAGCCUUCAUUCGGUUUGCGGCUGAGGAAUGA